UCUAUGGCAUCGCGGCCUGUUGCGCUCCGGCUUGGGCGUGCGUGCGGGCGGGUGGACGGACCGCGGGCGUGGGGCACUCCGCGGGCGCGGCCCAGCCCUUCCGCUUCCUUUCUGGAGGAGGAGGGGAGAGAGGGAGAGCGGGGGCAGGAGCGGGAGGGAGGCGAGUUCCGCCGUGGGUCCGCUGAGCCGGCCGGGCCUGGUCUGGUCUCCGUCCUUCUGAGGGAGCCAGGAGUCUCCGCGUGCCCGCGCGGGAGAGAAGGACGGACGGACGGGGGCGCACCUCGCCGCGUUCUGGUCCCUGAGGCUGUGCCGCCUCCCGCUGCCUUCCUUCCUCCCUCCCUUCUUCCCUCCCUUCCUUCCUCCGGGAGUGAGAGGCUGAGGGGCUGGCCUCGCUGCGUCCCAUGGACAGGCACAAAGUGAAGCGCCAGAGGCUGGACCGCAUCUGCGAAGGUAUAAGGCCUCCCAUUGGUAAUGGUCCAAUGCCAGCCCGUCCAUUGGUUGCCCUUCUUGAUGGCAGGGAUUGCACUAUAGAGAUGCCUAUCCUGAAAGAUGUUGCCACAGUGGCUUUCUGUGAUGCACAGUCAACUCAGGAAAUUCAUGAAAAGGUGCUAAAUGAAGCUGUUGGGGCUCUGAUGUACCACACCAUUACCUUGUCGCGCCAGGACCUGGAGAAAUUCAAAGCUCUCCGGGUCAUUGUGCGAAUUGGCAGUGGCUAUGACAAUGUGGAUAUCAAGUCAGCUGCAGAAUUAGGUAUUGCAGUGUGUAACAUACCUUCUUCUUCUGUGGAAGAGACGGCUGAUUCUACCUUCUGCCACAUUCUGAACCUUUAUCGCCGUGUUACUUGGCUCCACCAGGCUAUGCGAGAAGGAAGCAGAGCCUCAAGUAUGGAGCAAAUCAGAGAAGUCGCGGGAGGUGCUGUGCGCAUCCGUGGUGAGACCUUGGGCAUCAUUGGACUUGGUCGAGUUGGACAGGCAGUUGCUCUGCGUGCCAAACCCUUUGGCUUCAAUGUAGUUUUCUAUGAUCCAUAUCUACCUGAUGGAGUGGAGCGUUCCCUGGGCUUGCAGCGGAUUGCUACUUUGCAAGAUCUGCUGAUGCACAGUGACUGCAUCACAUUGCACUGCAGCCUGAAUGAGCACAAUCACCAUCUCAUCAACGACUUUACCAUUAAACAGAUGCGUCAAGGCUGUUUUUUGGUGAAUACAGCUCGUGGAGGACUGGUUGAAGAAAAAGCCCUUGCUCAAGCUCUUAAAGAGGGGAGGAUCAGAGGAGCGGCUCUAGAUGUGCAUGAAUCAGAGCCUUUCAGCUUUGCAAAUGGGCCCCUAAAAGAUGCUCCCAAUGUGAUCUGUACUCCCCACACAGCCUGGUAUAGUGAACAGGCUUCCAUUGAGUCUAGAGAGGAAGCGGCUAAGGAGAUCCGAAGAGCCAUCACAGGUACCAUACCUGACUCUUUGAGGAACUGUGUUAAUAAGGAGUACUUACUUUUGGCAGCUCAGUGGUCCAGUAUUGAUCCUGCAGCUGUACAUCCAGAACUUAAUGGAGCUGCAGCUUACAGGUUUGCUCCAGGAGUAGUGGGAGUAGCAAACCCUGGGCUGCCAGAGCCACCAGUAGAGGGGAUGGUACCACAUGGCAUUCCCUCCGUGUCUCAUUCUGCACCACAUACUCCUUCUCCAGGAGAGUCAAGCAAAUUGGAGCCAGACAGAGAAGUCUCCGCUGACCAGUAGCAUCUCUUUUUCAUCCCUUAUACAAAAACAGGAGUAAGCUCCUGUUUUUUAGGACAUAUUGUGUCCCCCUGGACUGUUUCCUGUUCACUCUGGACAGGAGAAUGCAUUUCAUUGUUGGCAAAUUUCUAGCAAUUGCCUUUAAGCAGGUAUUUUAUAACAUAUUUGAUUUGAAUCUCUUGGUGAAUCUCUUUCCCUGUCUGGGGCAAUGAAUGUUCAUCCUCUUGGUAACAUUUAUUUUAACAAACCAGUCCCCAUGCACAUGCCUCCACGGGUGUUAUAUACAGUAGAACAGUACCUGGCUGAAUACUGAGAACUCCAGUUAAGUCCAAAGCUGGCGUGGAUUAUUUUACAGUGACUUCUAAGAUGGAAGAUCAGCUAAGUCUCAGGUAUAGGUGACAAAGAACGCUGUAGCUGUGCUGGGGAUGGCGAGCCAUGCAUGUGGGUUGUUUGGAAAGAAGAAAGGCAGUCCUUGCUCAGGUAUGGGCACCUAUUGCUUUGAUCCUGCCUAUGUGCUGUUAAUUGAUAUGGCUGUUGAGUUAUUUUUUGCAAGGAAGGUAAGCAUAAAAAUUACAAAAGCCAGAAUGAAUUAGAAAUUCUGCCUGGAAUUGUGAUUUGUGUUCAGAGCAUGUACUGAGAAUCAGGUCAAUUGUCUUGGCAGACAAGAUGCUUACAAAAGUGUAGGAAGGUUCGACUGAGAUUUGGGCCCAGCUCAGGGAUUGAGAAUUCAGCUCAUCUGGAGAGGAACAAAUACCAGAACUCUGCACUUCAGGUUAUAUCCUUUGCACACAAAUAGUGCAAAUUUGCUACAAUUCAGAUGAUCAUGUUAAAAUCCUAGGAUUUAACAUAAUCUCUUUGACCUAUUUCUUAACAUGCAUCAAAGGCCAAGGCUAAGUUUGUUCCCCAUGACAUUGUCUAGUAUGAAAUAUCCCAGGUGUGUGUGCUGAAUCAUCAUGUUCCUUACUUCUACCCUUUUCUAUUAAUUGAGUCCUUGUCAACUCAGCAAAACUCCCUGAUAGAUCCUGCAGAUAGUCAUAUAAGUUCUUUUUCAAAAAACUAGAUGGCCUAUUUUGUGGUAGUUUCUAAAGUUUUUUUCUAAUUUGGAUGUGUUUUAAUCUUUUUUUAGAGGCAAAAGUAGGAUGGUGAUUUUUUUUCACUGAGGGGCAAAUUGAUUCUUCCCUGGAACAUAAUCCUAGCAGCAUAUAUUUCAUCAUGAAAUGAAAUAUUUAUUCCUGUUGGAAAGUCACCUUGCCGUGUUGCUUGGACUUCACAGUAAUCUUUGACCAUGCAACCAAUAUGGGUUUUAACCAAUAUAUGUAAGAAUACAGGAAAGAGAAAAAAUUUGGCAUGAAGAAUGGGAAUUCAUUUUUUUCUGAGUAGAAUCCACUUUUUAUUUUAUUUUUUCAAAUAAAAAUACCAGCUAAAUAACCCAGAAAAUCGUGGUAAGCACUUACAUUAUGUGUAUGCUGCUGAAGUUAAUAAUAGGUUGGCACAUUUCCAAGCUUCCUGUUAUUCUCCAAACUGUCUUACAACAGUUUCAGGAUUUGGUCCAAUGCAAAGCACUGACAGAUGUUUGCACCCUUUAAAUCUAGAACGGGAAUCAUAUGACCCUCCAAAUGUUGUUGGACAGCACCUUCCGGCAUUUGUCAGCAUUGGCUAAACUGGCUAAAGCUGCUGGGACUUGUAGUCCACCAAUAUCUGGUAGGAUUCCCAUUCCUGUUUUAAGUGAGUCAAGUGUUGAGGAAAAACUUUUUUUUAAUUAUGCAGGUUUGAUUCUUUCCUUAAGAUGAUACAUGGUUCCCUGAUAGUGUGUGCUUUUGUUAGAAUGUGAGUUGGAAGUGUUUGGUGUGGUGUAGGCUCUGAUAGUAUGGGAGGCACAACAGCUUUAUAAUCUCUUGGAUGAUUAUGACUGUGUAUUUAAAAUUUACAUACCUCUUGGGUUGCUCAGGGUUUUUAAUAAUAUGUGCAUGAGGGGCACACAGACAGACGUUAGUGCCAAGUAUGGCGGUAAAUAUGUGGAAAGCCUUUGAGUGAAGCCUCCAACUCUAAAGAGCUUGAAUUAGGGGGGAAAGUAACAAUUUGAGUUUUGUUUGUUUGUUUCUAAUUUAGUCUGUGGACUUAAUGUACUAUAACUGUUCUAAAAUCUGUCAUUUAUGUUGGUGCAGGCACAUAAUAAUGCUAGAUCCUCAAAAAGUUAAAGGAUUGGGAGUGAUCUAUGAGGCAACACAGGCUUCCAGCUCUAGCUUCUCUCCUUGGAUGUGAAUUUCCCAUACUCCUUGAUUUCAACAUUUGGUUCAUGCAUGUUUUAACAAGGAUUAAUAUUGGUCAGAUUGAAGUCUAAAUCAGAGUAAAGAGGCAAAUGGAAUUAGUCUGUGAGAGCAUUGCAUAGGUGUAGAAA